AUGCCGCGUGUCCCCUCCGCGCGUUACAGCGUCCACAGAACUCUACACGCGAAAAGCGAACGGCCUCGGCCGCGCCCUGGCGCCAAAGGGCCACGCGGGCGUUUGCGGCGAAAUUCGCGCUACCGCCGCGAAACGAAGUAAGCGGUCCUCUCCGCCCACACGAGCCUCGUGAGAGACACGCCUCGACUGGCAACGACGCCCUGGGCCUCCACGUCGGGAAACCGCCCGGCUGUGGAAUUUUUCGAUGCCCGGCCUCGUUGAACCCACAAAAAGUUUCGGGCGAUAACACGCUAAACCGACGCAGGCCAACCGCGAGGACCUCCGCAACCAGAGCCACGCGGCACCUCCGCCGCCGCCGAAGGCCGAGGACGACGACGAGGACGCCGGCCCCCGUUUAAUUAUUGCGAGCCACGAGUUCUCGGCGGCGCAAGCGAACUACGUGGCGCUCAGACACCCCGAGAACCCGCGGGCGCCCAUCUUCUACAAGGACGCGACGCCGCGCGCCGAGCACUAUGUGAGAUGCGGCGUGCGCGUCGAGGGCGUGAACCACGGCGUCGCCGUGCCCGUCAAGAUCGAGUUGUGUUUUCCGGACGGAAGAGUCGUCCAGUCGAAGUUCGAGACCCGUCCCGGGCGGGAAGCCGAGUCGCUGAAGGUGCUCGGCGACGGGGCCAAGCGCCUGACCCUGCCGAACCCCGGCGCGGUGGUCUAUUUUGAUUACCGGAUUGAAGUCGGUUCAUUGAGAGCGGACGACCGCAAGUUCUGCGUGAAAGUGUCGCCAGAUGCCUCGCACGUCGCGGGUGUAUUGCCAGCGAUCACGCCGGGCUUAUUGGUACUCUCGAAGAAGCGCAUCGCCGAGCCCGCUCCGCAGUCCGGAGAUCCCUUAAGAAAGCGCGCGCGCGCCGCGGGUGGUGGUGGCGUCGCGCCUUUGAAUUAUCAACCGGGCUUCGAGUCGCCGACCUCCCUCCUCGCGGCGGCGGCGGCGCAGAGUUCUCACGAACACACGGUCGCGCGCCCGCACCCGGGCGGCCAGGCCCACCGCAACGCCGCGGCGGCCCAGCGCCUCGCGGUGCUCUCGAACCUGCCGCCGGACGAGCAGCCGACGGAGCUCCUGGCGAACACGAUGCGCAUCCUCGACCGCGUGUCCGACCUCGAGACGCACGUCAAGUUCCUCACGCACCACAUCCAGCAGUUAUUGGCCGCCGGCGGCGCCGUGACGCCCGGCCAGACGCCCGCGUCGACGCCGCACGCGACGCCGGCCUUCGGCCUGAGCCCCGCGCGCGAGUCGGCGUCGCCGCCUCCGUCGCAGCAGCAGUUCAACCCCUUCCAGCCGCUCGUGCCGUACGCCACGGCCGCACAGAUGGCUGCACCUCCGCCGCCGCCGCCUCAGGCCUGA